AUGCUGUACCGUACGUGUAACUUACGGAAUAUUAUUGGUUGUAAAUUAAAUCAUUACAACUUGGAUCAAUGGUAUUAUUUACAAGUGUCAUUAGGAAAACGCCACUCCAGUAUUUUUUUUAAGCAAUCCAGAUCUAGGGCUGACAAUUAUUAUAAAUUACUAUAUAACAAUAAUUAUAAUAAUUUAAAUGUCUGUGAUAAGAAAAAUCUCGAUAAAAUUUUAAAAGUUAAACAGACAAGUACCGUAAUUACAAGAUUGUCAUCCAAUACCAAUAAAUCAUCUGAUGAUGAUGAUGAAAUAGUUAAAUUAAAACAAGAAUUAAAAACAACAUUACAAAAUAAAAUUGUUGAAUUUAAGAGUAAAGAAGUAGGAAUUGUUAAAGAGCGUGUUUUAGAAUCCGUUCCCUCACCAAAUGACAAUGAUAACAUUAAUAAAAUGAUAGAAGGUGAUGCCGGAAAAAAAGCAAUCCAUCCAAAUGUUAUAAAAGCAAAAACACUACGGGUUGAUCUUUCAGCAGAAUCACUAGAAAGAAAUUUUAUAACGCCGGUACGAGCAAUGGUGGAUUUUUUAUUAAAACCAUCAGAUUUGGAAUCAUUACCAAAGACAAAACGAAGAUCACCCUAUGAAGAUAAGCCACCUAUUACUGUUUAUUGGAGAAAAGACGUUGAAGCUAAAGCUUUUGAGGUGUGGGGUUCGCGUGAAGCUUUGAUGAAAGAACGGAUUAAAAAAGAAGUUGAACACAAAACUUAUCAACAAAAUAUUUUUACAAUUAAAAGGCGUAUGAAGGACAUAAGAAAAGAAGUGAGUAAUGAAAAAAAAAUUAAAGAAAGAGAAGGGCUGUUAGGUAGUUCGGGUAAAGUUGUAUUGACAGCUGUUAUUAUAAAUGGAAGUAAUUUUCUAUUCAAAUUGGUGGCGUGGAUUUAUACUGGCUCGCACAGUAUGUUUUCAGAGUGUAUACAUUCCGCAGCUGAUACAUUUAAUCAGUUAAUUUUAGCAUAUGGAAUACACAAAUCUGUCCAAAAUCCAGAUGCCGAUCAUCCGUAUGGUUAUACAAAUAUGAAACACGUAUCAUCAUUAAUAUCAGGCGUUGGAAUAUUUUGUGUUGGUACUGGAUUAUCAAUUUAUCAUGGAAUUCAUGGUAUAUUAUUUCCAAAUCCCGUGGAAUCAUUUUACUUGGCGUAUUUAGUACUAGCAGGUUCCCUUGUGUCCGAAGGAGCAACUCUGUUAGUUGCUAUUAAUUCAAUAAAAAAAGGAGCUGAAGAUAAAAAUAAACCCUUUAAAGACUAUGUACUGAUGGGUCAUGAUCCAUCGGUAAACGUUGUACUUAUGGAAGACUUUGCAGCCGUUAUAGGUAUUGGAUUGGCUGGAUGCAGUAUGGGACUUACAUCCUAUCUUGGUAAUCCUAUCUACGAUGCCAUUGGAUCGUUACUUGUUGGUGGUUUACUUGGUGGUGUUGCUUCAUUUAUUAUUUAUACAAAUGUUGCUGCUUUGGUCGGUCGUAGUAUUCCUCAAGAAAAUCUCGAUAAAAUAAAUUCGGAGAUAGAAUCUGAUGUUAUGGUACGUGCUAUUUAUGACGUCAAGGGUAUUGAUAUGGGAAAUAAUCUUGUUCGAUACAAAGCUGAAAUUGAUUUUGAUGGUCGUGAACUUACCAGAGCUUACCUUGAUAAACAUGAUUUGACCGCAAUGUUAGAAGAAGUUAAAAAAAUGUCAAGUAUCGAUCAACUCGAACCAUUUUUAUUAAAACACGGUGAGAGUAUUGUCGAUAUGUUAGGCGGUGAAAUUGAUAGAAUUGAAUUAAAACUCAAGAAAAAUCAUCCAGAAAUACGGCAUUGUGAUUUGGAAAUUCUAUAA